AUGGACCGUCUUCCAGACGAAGUGAUUGUUCAAAUCAUAUCAUUCCUCGACAUCAUCGACAUCGUCAACCUGCAACGAACAUCCUCUCGAUACCUCGCCCUGGCCCGCGACAACGCCAUUUGGAAAUUGAUAUGCUUCGACCAUUCGAGAUCGGAAGCCCUCCGUCGUCGGCAACACCAACUCCAAAUCCAAGAUCCUCGCCUCGCCGAACUACGCAAUACAUGGGCAGCAUUGCCAGGACCCAACCCUACAGCCUGGGAUGUCUCCCAACUCGUCGGCAGCGAACAACCACGCGCAGCAGUGGAUCCAGAUGCUGAGGCUCGUGUAUUGAGGACUAGAGCACUCGCGAAUUGGGAACCAGGCUACCCUACUGAGAGACUCGAUUACUACGACGAGUUCAUCGCGAGACACGCACCGGUCAACAUAGGCUGGCUGAACCUCCCAGGCACCAAGGAUGACUUCAAAGAGGCGACCGGUCUGGCGGUACUUCACGACCCAGCAUCAACGCACGCCGUGUCGCCUCUCUCCGACGGAUCGAUCUCAGUAUUUGACCUCUCCGCCCGAACCACACACCAUCCCAACGGCGGCGGCGGCAGACUACUCGCCCACAGCGCACCCGGUCUGCUCACUGGCCUACCUCUCACCGCCGCAGCGGAACAUCACCACGCAAUCAUGACCUCGACCGGCGCAGUAGAAAGCGUCUCCAUCAACUCCUCAUCUCGAAGAGGAUUUUUCGCCGUUCAGCAGCAUCUUCACGAAGUCGACCUCACCACACUCCAACUCGUGUCAUCGAAAGAGUAUUCCUUUCCCAUCACCGCUUUAUCGUCCGUCUCUGAUGACAUGCCCUUGGUUGUCGGAACGAGUAACACCCUCCAUCUCUACGAUGCACGAGAUCCGACAUAUCUUCCGCCACCCUCCUCUGGCGAACUAAUCGGCGGUCGCAUCUCUUCUCACGCGAUGCUUGAAGAACCAGGUCCACUCUCAAUCCUUCAUACAUCUUCCGAUGAAAUCUACGUCUCCGGCCGCUUCAAAUCACUCCUAUCCUACGACCUCCGCUCCUUCCCUCGUCUCCGCGGAACAAUCUUCACCGGCGCGCCGAUCGCCUGCCUCGCCUCUCUACCAUACCCCUUCAUCCCACGUAGUUUAGACCUGCUCCGUAACCCCGGCACCUCCAUCGCCGCUUUACAAUCCGCCCGCGCUGCACCGGGCACGACACUGAUGGCUGCCGGCUCAUAUAAAGGCAAAGGCUCGCUCGAACUAUAUGGCCUGCCCAGCAUCCAAACCUAUCAAAAUCGCCAAACCGCCUCCUCCUCCAAACUCUUCUCCGUCGCACCCCACGGCGGCAGAAUCGUCUUCUCCGACGGCGACGGAAACCUCAAAUGGGUGGAGCGGGACGCAGUCUCCUCCAUCCGCACAUUCAACAUCAAUGACGCACUUGCCGGCUCCUCAUCCACCACUACUCAGUCCGACCGCUCAACGCCAAGAGGAAUAUGGAACUCCACCGCCGCCCAAGCGCCAGGACAAGGCGACAUCGUACAGAAAAUCCUUCCCUUCAACCCACCCUCCACCUCACCUUCACAUUCCGAUCGUCCCGACACAGCUCAACAGAAUCUCCUGCUUUACACCGGCGACGGUCGACUCGGUGUUCUCGGCUUCGGCGCCGAAGGAAGGAAUCCUUUAGGUGAAGAUCUCUGGCAUGACGCGGUGGAGGAGCAAGUCAGCACGGAGCAGAGAGCCCGAGAAGAUGCGGAGCGAUCGUUCGGCGAGACGAUGAGACGGGCGUUGGAGAGGAGCGCGGAGGAAGUGAGAUUCGUCAGAGGGUUGGGAAUGGGAUAUGGUGGUCCUUUGCGGUAG